AUGUCUUCUCGUCUGCUGACGGCGCUCAAAUCAAUGAUGUUCACCGGUGUCAUCUUACUUCCUACCGCUUUCCCGCACGCCGUACAGGAUCUGGUAGACCUAAAGACAGUCAUCGACGCGACAGCAGCGACAAUCGAUGCCGCGCCCAACAACUCCAGCUGGGGGUUUUUUAGCCCUGCAAGUCCGGCAGGCUCAUUGGGAACAGCGGACCUGAUUGCGAAUAUCAGCACCACAAUACUGAGAGCGAAGUAUCUUCUCAAUGUCGACAGGACCGCAUGGACAACAAUCCCGGACAACACUACCGCACUCAACAACACGGCGAACCCAACGCCGACGGAAAUCCGUCAAGCGUCCACCCCCACACCGCCACCAUCAUCCAACAUCUCACUCGAUGCACCCUACGUCGAUUAUGUCUCGAGCAUCCCCAGUCUCUCGAACGCCCUCGUCGACCUUGGCCGCGCCUGGCACAAGGAAUUGAACAGUCCAGUCUCUGAAGCCAUCGGUGCGCUUCAGGAGGCGAUCACUCAGUUCUCCACGUCCAUGCUGGAAGGCGACUUGCUCAACAGUACGAGCAUCCUCAGAACGAUUCGCGCAUCUAGCAGCCUAGAGUCAGCGCAGGUGGCUUGGAGCCGGGUCCUCAAUUUACCAGGCGCUGCGGGCACGAAGAAGAAGCGCGGAGAGGUGGAGGUGAAGAGACCGCCACUGCCUGACGGACAGUUCUACACGCACAAGGACUUGUGGGGAAGGGGUAGUGGCGCCGUGCCGAGGCAGGCCAAGGUUGAGAAUGAUGACUCGUCUAAGGCGUCAACCGUGGAGGCAACGUGGAGCGAGUGGCGCAUCGAAAAGAUUGCGAGGCGUUUCGUCGCGUGACG